CCUCUCUCUCUCUCUUUCUCCCUCUCUCUCUCUUUAUCCUUCAUUUAUACAAGCAUGUCCUCAAAAACUGUUCCAAACGAAAUACUAAUUCAAGUGUUUCGCUUGCUACAGAGAAGAGAUAUCGAGUCAUCCAUGUAUGUAUGUAAACGGUGGUAUAAAGUUGCAGUUCCAUUCUAUUUUCAAGAUGUCCAGAUCAGGGAAAACCCUAUCAAAAACGAUGCUAUUUUUUCAAAUGGACUUUGGACGCGAACACUCACUUUGCACAAGGCACGCCCAAAUGAGAUUGCUAAAGGAUUAGAAGGCCUCAUCUUUUUACGGUUAUUAUCACACCUUUUGAAUUUGGAAAAGUUGGAGUUUCAAUCUCGGUUUCUGUCCCGUCGCUAUUUAUCUAUCUUGUCCCAAGUCAAACACACCAACAUGUAUUCACAACAUAUCAAGGAAAUUGUUUUCUACUCAAACAAUCCAACAGAACGUGUGUCCCACUUUCUUGCUUGUUAUAACUUUCGGAAAUCGAUUACAAGACUCAGCACAAAUGUAAGCAACCACGAUCUAUUAUCAACCCAGUCAAAAGGCCUAAGCUAUUACCUGCCCCAAUUCGUAUGCUUAACCCAUUUGACUUACGACUGUCCAGAAAAAAAUGAUGUGACCUUGUUUGAUAUUUUACUUUGCUGCGAAAACAUGGUAGAUCUCAAAUUCAGCAGUCGAUAUCCGAUCCCUCCUCGAGCAAAUAGUCAGAUUGGUACAACAAGUAACAGACAUCUGAAACGGUUGACAUUAUCUUUAGAAAUUCAUACACCUGUCUAUAUGAACUAUAUUCGAAUUGUACAACCUUUGGAUUACUUGCAUUUAACUAUCCUUGGCAAUGAACGUGAAUUCUUCUGGAUGGUUGAACCAUUCGCUGAUAUGCUCCAAAAAUUCAAGGAUUUACGUAUCGAUUUCAACGAAAAUGAUUCCUCAAUACUACUCUCACCUACGAAUUCCUUUUACAAUGUCUUGUGUAAGCUGGAAGGAAAACGAGACGCACAGUGUCAUGUCACCUUUUAUCCUCCUGAAGGUCCUGUAGGCGAGAGGAUCACUGCCUGUGGAGAUAAAGUAAACUAUAGCGCUUCGAUGGAACUAUUUGACGGUAGAUAUUUUGCCGAGAUAUUUAGUUUUAUAGACCGAGAAGGGAUUGUGACAAGCCUAGCGUUCAAACAAUACCAAUUGUCCAUCUCAGACUUACUCUAUUUCUCGAAUAUACUGACCUAUGCCAAAACUUUCCCUCGACUCGAGACACUUUCUAUGGAUGUGGGAUUUCUUCAAUUGAAGGCAAAUCGAACAGAAAUAAGAAUCAACUGUCCAACCCCUUGGCAGGAUCUGUUUAAUACACUCUACGAUUAUUUACCUCAAGCUGAAACAAUUACUUGUACCCAAGAGAAUACCUUUCGCGGCACCGAUCAUAAAUACAUAUGGGACCUCUCCGCUUUCAAAAAUCUCAAAUCCUUCAAUUUCAGAGUGAGUCGCAGAACCUUUCAAGAGACCACCUAUGUGUUACUCAAUUUCGACUAUCAACGUUCUCAUUGUGGCAAGAAAAUGUAUCUGGACCGGACCUCCAAAGAAAUUAGUUCAAUGCUAGUAAGGGCCAAUCCUCGCUUGGUACAUAAUAAACGACGUACUGUAAGUGUUACUAUCAAGGUUCAUAGUCCCUCGGUCGAAAUAAAUUGUGAUCCACAUAAUUUAUACAGAAUCGAACCUGUAGAAUACUCUACUUAAUAAAACAAUUAACUUGCUGAAUGUGAUUUUUUAUUCUUUUAA